AUGUUUCAAAAGCAGACGUUUGGUAACACCACAUCCGGCUUCGGAUCCUUUAACGCUGGAGCCAAUACAUCAUCACCGUUUGGUGGGUUCAAGCCGGCAACAGCCACCAGCGCCUUUGGAGCUGCUCCCGCCUUUGGCUCGUCUCCCGCGAAUACUUCUACUGCUGGAGGAGGCCUCUUCGGUCAAACCAACACCUCUGGAGGCCUAUUUGGAGGCGCCACUGCUGCCAACCCCACUCCGGCGUUCGGCUCCACUGGCUUUGGAUCCUUUGGCGCAAGUCCAACUACUGGAGGUCUUUUUGGAGGGAACACUGCGUCUACUGGUCUUUUUGGGAACACUCAAAAUAAUACGGCGUUUGGCGCUAAACCAGCUGGCUUUGGCUUUGGUAGUACUCCGACAGCAGGACCUUCAACUGGUGGGCUGUUCAGCUCUGGUGCAUCGACAAGCGGUGGGCUGUUUAGCCAGCCCACUAGUACUCUGGGCGGUGGCGCAGCUUCAGGGGGACUGUUCUCUACUAACACAGGUGCGUUCGGCCAGCAGCAAGCGGCCGGUACAGCCCACGUGAAGUUUCACCCCGUGGUAGGCACUGAUGUCGUCGUCAAGGGAGGAGCAUCACAGACCGUCAAUGUACGACACCAUUGCAUCACAUGUAUGAAGGAAUACGAAAGCAAAUCCCUGGAAGAGUUGCGUUUUGAGGACUACACGGCGGGAAGAAAGGGCAGCUCGGGCGGGAUGUUUGGCUUUCAGCAGCCGGCCGAUAAUACGGUUAAACCACUCUUUAAUUCAUCAUUUGGCCAACCAGCUACAACCACAGCACCUAGUCUGUUCGGAGGUGGAAAUUUGGGAACGACCAGUGGAUUUGGACAGACGAAUACGUUCUCGUUUGGUAAUACUGCACAAAAUACAACAACGACUGGCCUAUUUGGUGCGAAUAAACCGGCUUUUGGAGCCACACCCACCACUGGUACAGGCCUGUUCGGUGCUACAACGACGCAAGCGCCGGCCUUCGGUACCACCACGUCUACCUUCGGUUUUGGACCUACCACACAGAAUCAGCAAUCUGGCGGUCUGUUCGGAGCCAAGCCAACGACAGGAGCCUUUGGCAGCACGGCCACGAGCGGCUUCGGCUCGUUCGGCGGCGGAGGCCUAUUUGGGGCAAAGACCCAGCAGACCACGGCACCCACUUUUGGCACUGCAACGCCCGCAUUUGGUGCGACAUCUAGCGGUUUCGGCACAAAUACAUCGACUUCAUUGUUCGGUGGCGGAAAUACUUUUGGAAAACCGGCAACCACGCAACCCACGUUUGGGUUCAACUCGCAGCCUACCCUUGGUGCAGGUCUGGGUACUGGACUCGGUACGUCAUUCCAGACGAAACCGAAUACAUUUGGAACGACACUAGGUGGUGGCUCAUCGCUAUUCCCACAGCAAAAUAAUACUUUUCAAACAGGUCUCAACACAGGUUUGGGUGGAGGUCUCUUCAACAAUAACUCUUCGUUGGGUGGAACAGGCCUCGGCUUGGGACAGAACAAUGCCAAUACUAGUUUGAUGCCCGGCAGUGGUCUCGGUUCGUCCGUGGGCUCCAACGUACACGAGCAAAUACUGACGCUAGCAGCCAGGCCGUAUGGUGAUUCGCCUCUCUUUAAAGAUUUACUGCCGGACACAUCAACAACGGCCGAAGACGUGUUAAAGCCGACCAAUCCAGCGGCUGUUAAAGCGGUGUUGGACAGCAGUAACGCCGCUUACAGAGUCACUUCGCCCACCGGAGGCAGACUGAAAGUGGUGCCUAGGACUGUAACGCAGGAUAAGGCUUCUGCGACUCCCCCUGUGUUCGAUUUGUUGAAAUCCUGUGCACCAAUGGACUUCGAAUCUAGAGGUGCGCAUUUAACUUUCCUCGAACGAUCCCUAGGUGACUCACCUCAAGUAAACGGAACAAGUCAGGUGGACGGCUCCAUUACAGCAGAAAGAGAAAGAGAUAAUUUCCCCAGUAAGAGUAAGGAGGUGUUGCGAGAGCAGAAUAGUGAUAUAGAGCUACGUACAGACAAACAAAAUGGCUGGCCUUCGAGACAUUCGUGGAAUGAAGAGAAACCUAUCGAUAGUGAAACGCCACGGUUAUAUCCCAAUCUAGAUAAAGAAAUGCCGGCCCUCGAAUCUGAACGAAGAGCUAGUUGGUUGACAACAAAACCGCUCCGAAAACAGCAAGUGUCAAACGCGGAAUUAGCUGAGAACUCAGUAAGAGAGCUAGGAGUUAAAGAGAGUUCCACUUCCACUGAUAAGGAGAAUAUCGACACUUUCUAUAUAGAUGAAAAUGUGUCCACCCACGAUGCGCCAGUUGAGGCACCGCCUCAUCCGGCUGGUGUUAAAUUGACCAGACCGGGGUAUUACACUAUUCCAUCGUUGGAAGAGAUGAUUAAAUACAUCGGUCCUGAUGGUAAAUGCGUGGUACCGCAUUUGACGAUCGGCAGAAAGAAUUAUGGAAAUGUCUAUUAUGACUGUGAAAUUGAUGUCACCGACAUGGAUUUGGAUGCUUUAGUACAUUUCCUGAACAAGGAGGUGAUAGUCUACCCGGAGGACAGCGAGAAGCCGCCUUUGGGCGAAGGUUUGAACCGACGUGCCAUUGUCACGCUGGACCGUGUCUGGCCGAGGGACAAGACUGAGAAACGUCCCGUUACUGAACCGGAUAGGUUGUUAAAAAUGGACUACGAAGGCAAGUUGCGACGUGUGUGCGAUAAAUAUGACACCAGGUUCAUUGAGUAUCGCCCACAAACUGGUAGCUGGGUGUUCAGGGUGGAACACUUCAGCAAGUAUGGCAUAUCAGAUUCGGAUGAGGAAGAGGAAAUUGCGCCUCAGGUGUUAAAACGACAACUCGUCAAUCAGAGUUUGCAGAAAGCGGCUGCUACUGUCACAAAACCAGUAGUGCCCGUAACAUCAGCUCUAGGAGGUCUUGGAACACAUAUAGGCCUCGGGUCAAACCUUACCCUAGGGUCAAAUUUGGGUCUAGGCGGAAUGGGAUUCAGUUCCUCUGUGGGUGAUGAUGAUAUGUUCUUGCAGACCUCGCUUAAUUUGAUGAACGGCUCCAAAGGAUUUGAAAUGGACACGACAGAAGACAACGCAGAUGCGACCAGUCUGUAUCAGGAUAACAAAGCAUUCGGUGUGAAGAGUCCUACCUCAGAGUUGGCCCGUUUGGAGCAUAGACAGAGCCAUAACGUUCAGCUGAUGAAAGCUUCCUUAUACGCUGAUACUGAAAUGGAAGACGACGUGUCAAUAUCAACGGGCGAUCAGAUGGUGCCUCAUGCCACGGCCUCCGUCAUCUCGCUGCCACCGACUUCUGUAUCGCACAUGGAGAUGGUUGAAGAAGCACCGGUCGUUAUUGAAGAACCAGUUGUACGUCCCCUAAUCGUGAACCCACAUACAGUGAUACUGAAAUAUCACAGAAAAGUACCUCCUUUCAAGAAAACUAUCGCUGGUCGUCUUAACGCGGAUUGUUUGGCCGAUAUGUCCGUGUGUCGCGCCCGUCACAGCCGCGUCUCCUUCGGCCCCAACAACGCACUGGUGUUCAACACCACGCAUGACGUCAUUUCUGAAUUGCCGCGCAAAUCGGAUCUAUGUGAGCUGGGCAGAUAUGUGUUGGGAAGGUCAGAUGAGGACUGGAGCGAGGCGGUCGUGGCCAGAGUUCAAAUCGGACAGGCGGACAGUAAAGCCGUUUUGGACACCCUACGCCGUCAGCUCCAAAGCCUUCUCGAUUUCUCUGCCCCCGAAGACGCGUCGCGACCGUUCGCGCGACUAGUCGUGCAAGAGUCGCCGGUCAGUCGCAAGCAGCUGCUCGAGAAGUUGUUGGAGGACUCUUGCAAGGAGGAGUAUAGCGCGCGGUUUGGCGUGUCCAGUUCGUACAGCGUACAAGUUUGGAAACUGUGUCAGGCCCUCUGGGGUGAAGAUCUUCUCAAUGAUGGUGUACCGGGAAAGGACGAGCAAGCUAUCGUGAGCCGCCACGAGGAUCUUUUGAAAUGGUUGAAAAAUGCAGUCGCCGAAGUCACUGAUGAUGAACUAUCGCAGCCAGUAGACGUUGACCCUGAAGAUGAAAAAGAUGGUCACAGCGCCCGUGUUUGGACGUUAUUACUGGGCGGUAGAAUUCUGGAAGCGUGCAAGCUUUGUAGGGAAAAUGGUGAUUUCAAUAUGGCAAUACUGAUCGCUCAGGCUUAUGGUGACCCCUACUUCAAGACUCUGUUAUCGCGUCAGCUGAACAUCUGGCAGGAAUGUGGGGCGGAUUCUCUCAUCUCGAGCCACAAAAGGGCAAUACUGUCUCUGCUCGCGGGGCGAAGCCCUAACUCAGAACUUGAAGCGGUGGACUGGUUGAGGGUCCUCAAUGUUUGUGCAAGAUAUCUCUGCCCUCAAAUACCAACACUAGAGCAGAUAGUGCGUACAUACGAAGAACUAUUCAGCCGGGAGUCGAACGUGGAUCUGACCACUGUGCCAGAAGAGAGUGUCAACAUGCGAUUGCCGACACCCGAUUAUCAGCAGGAGUACACGGUUUCUAUUGAAUCGAAUGGCACGUCGCGUCGGAUCCUUGACCUUCGUUACGAGUUGAUACGUGCGCGUGCGUUCAACACACGGCCGUGUUUCCAUCCCGCUGCGUACACGCCUCAUCCUAUUGACCACAGCCUGAGCUUUCUCCUGGGUUGUUGGUUCGGCCAACCGACAAUUAAGUCGAUCGUGGGAUUGGCGGAACAGCUGGAGGGUUAUGGCGAGUGGCAUUUAGCCGUCCAGGCGCUUUUCUACCAUCCAGAUGAUAAAAUCCGUGCUCAUCUCAUCCAAGAGCUAAUAGGCCGCCACGCACCGGCGGAGGCUGAUUCCUCAGUGAAGGCUCGCCUUGAGUUUGUUGAGAAGUUGGGAGUCCCACAGAAGUGUUUGCUGCUCGCUAGGGCUCAUAGGGCGAAGUAUGAGCACCGUCCCCAAUUAGAAGCAGAAUGCCUGGUCGGCGCAGGCGCGUGGAAUGCGGCGCAUUCUGUACUCGUUGAACAAUUGCUGCCCGAAGUUGUGUUAUCCGAUAAUGUAAAAAGCGUCCAGCCGAUAAUAGAGAAGUUAAGCGAAGCCGCGCGUCGCAACGAAGUCAGCGGAUGGGAAAGUGGGGGAGAGGCUCUGUACCAUUACAUCUAUGUUUGUGACGAGAUACGAGGGUUGGUGUCGGCCGCGGAAGGGCAGGAGGCGGAAGAUAGGUCUAGUGUCGCGUGUCGGUUGGAGGCCCUUACGCCGCGAUUGGCCGCCGCUUGCAGAGCGCUUACCCUAUUUAGGAGCAAAUCACCCCGUGCGUUGGCCGCUCGAGCAGAAAUGGGUGCGAGGUUGGUGCAACUGGCCCUGGCCGGGGGACACGUUUCCGCGCAUCUCGCUGCCCUGCUACAGGACUUGGACUUGCCGCCAGAUUGCGCUGCGCAUGCGCACUAUAAGAUUACGUCGGAUCUAUCGGACCAAGCUUCGGAAUUCUGCUUGGAAUCAACUCAGAGCUCCCCCCUCUCUUCUCAUAGAACAGCUGUACGUAGCUAA